AUGGCCGGUACGCGUAGAUCGACGCGUCAAACGACGUCGGCAGUCCCAAAGUACAAUGAGAGCGAUUCGUCUGAGGUUGAGAAGAAGGUGGUGAAGCGCAAGGGCACGCAAACGACGCGUCGCAAGCGUGUGCGGGAAGAGAAGGAGCAUGACGAGGAUAAUAAUGAUGAUGAUGAUGAUGAUGAAGACGAAGAUGAAGAUUCACCGCCUCCAAAGAAAGCUGCAAAGCCCAAAGCCACCUCGACAGUAGCAAAGCCCAAAGCCACCUCGACAGUAGCAAAGCCUUCAAAGGCAAUGCCACCUCCCGCCCCGGCUUCGGAAAGCAAUCGCGAUGCCAAUGGCAACCAGGAAGUCUUCUGGCUGCUCAAAGCUGAGCCCCUCCCGCGCUACGAAAAUGGCGUCAACGUCGCCUUCUCCAUCGACGACCUCGCUGCCUGCACUGUGCCCGAGCCUUGGGGCGGCGUGCGCAACCCACAAGCCCGCAACAACAUGCAAGCCAUGCGCAAGGGCGAUCUGGGCUUCUUCUACCACUCCAAUGCCAAGCCCUCAGGUGUAGUCGGCAUAUUGCGAGUGGCCGAGGAAGCGAAAGUGGAUGAGACGGCGUUUGACAAAAAGGACCCGUACUACGACGCAAAGAGCGACAGGGAGAAGCCCAAGUGGUAUUGUGUAGGCGUCGACUUUGUCAAGAAGUUUGAUGACGUGAUUGACUUGGCCACGAUCAAGAGUCAUGCGGGCAGUGGAGGGAAGUUGGAAGGGAUGCAGUUGGUCACCAACUCGAGAUUGAGCGUGUGUAGGGUUAGAAAAGAGGAGUGGCAUUUCAUAUUGGGACUGGCAGGGGAGAAAGAUGCCACAACAGACGGGAAGACUGAAGGCGCAGAAGAAGACGAAGGUUGA